AUUCUUGGAGACUGCGUGUCCAAACCUCACUCCUGGCCAUGGCAAAUCAGUUUACGAACCAGCACUGGUAUUCACUUCUGUGGAGGAACGCUGAUAGAUGCGGAGUGGGUUCUUACAGCUGCCCAUUGUCUAGAGAGGUCUAAACAGCCAUCUUCUUACAAGAUAUAUCUAGGAAUCCACUCAGAGAAAGCGACUGAGGCAUCAAAGCAAGUGAGGGAUGUUGAAAAACUGAUUCUUGAGCCAUCCGGAAAAGACAUUGCUCUUCUCAAGCUUUCGAAGCCCGCUCUCUUAAAUGAUAAGGUUUUGCCGGCAUGCUUACCAGACAAGGAUUACAUUGUUCCAGGCAACACAGAAUACCAUGUAACCGGCUGGGGAGAGACACAAGGAACGGGUGGAGAAGGAUUCCUGAAAGAAACAGGAUUUCCAGUCAUUGAAAAUAAGAUUUGUAACCGACCUGCAUAUCUAAACGGGAGAGUGAAGGACCAUGAGAUGUGUGCUGGGUACAUUGAGGGAGGCACCGACAGUUGUCAGGGGGACAGUGGGGGACCACUUGUGUGCCUCUCUCAGAGCACCUUCAUUCUCCAAGGGGUCACAUCAUGGGGACUUGGCUGUCCUAAUGCAAUGAAACCAGGAGUGUACGCCAGAGUGUCCAAAUUUAUUGACUGA